UCUUCCCAGUGUUUGAGUCGGAAGCGCCGCUCGGUUCUUCAUGCUGAUUUCAGAUUAUUUGUUUGGAUCGGUCAGACGCUGAAUGUGCAAACAGUUAAAACUCCACCAGAAAUAUCCAAAAUCUGAUUUGUGUCAGUCGAUCUAAGACCGCUAAUGGCAAACAUGUUCCCAUGUGACUUUGCAUGGGGAGCGGGCACCGCUGCGUAUCAAAUAGAAGGUGGCUGGGACGCCGACGGUAAAGGACCGAGUAUCUGGGACACGUUUUGUCACGGUGAGAGAGGCAGAGUGUUCGGGGAGCAGAGCGGAGAUGUGGCCUGCGACAGCUACGAGCUGUGGGAGGAGGACCUCAAGUGCAUCCAGCAGCUUGGACUAACACACUACCGUCUGUCUCUGUCCUGGGCCCGCCUCCUGCCUGAUGGGACCACACAGCAUGUCAAUCACAAAGGUGUACAAUACUACAACAAGGUGAUUAAUGACUUGCUGUCCUGUAAUGUUUCACCCAUGGUCACCCUUUACCACUUUGACUUGCCUCAAGCUCUUCAGGACCAGGGUGGUUGGAAAUCACCAGGUAUGGCAGCUCUCUUUGAUAGCUAUGCCCAGUUCUGCUUCCAGACAUUUGGGGACCGUGUUAAACUGUGGAUCACCAUCAACGAGCCGUACGUGUGCGCCAAACUGGGCCAUGAGGACGGUGUCCACGCGCCAGGGCUUAAAGAACCGGGGACCGCUGCCUACCUGGUGGGCCACAACAUGCUCCGAGCCCAUGCCAUGGCCUGGCAUAGCUAUAACUCCCUCUACAGGCCAGCACAGAGGGGGGCGGUGUCACUGGCAAUCAACAGUGACUGGGCUGAGCCAUUAGACCCAGCAAGCACAGAGGACAUCGCUGCUGCUGAGCGGUACCUUGCAUUUACACUGGGCUGGUUCGCCUGGCCUGUGUUUGUCACUGGAGAUUAUCCGGAAAGUAUGAGAUCUGCCAUUGACGCUCAAAGUAAGAAGCUGGGAUACAAUGGCGGAUCGAGGCUGCCCAGGUUCUCCAAAGAUGAACCCUCUGUUCUGGGCACGGCGGACUUCUUUGCUUUGAACUACUACACGUCCCGUAACGUGAAGCCUGGAGGAGGGUGUGGACAGAUGCUGUGCAUGAAGGCUGACCGAGAUGCAGAGGAAGUGUUGGAUCCAUCAUGGCCGGUGUGUGGAGUGUCCUGGCUUGCUGUGGUGCCUCAUGGUCUGAGGAAACUCCUCAAGUACAUCAAGGGCACCUUCAACAGCCCUGCAGUCUACAUCACAGAGAAUGGCUUCUCUCAGACGGGGCCCGUGCAGACGGAGGAUGUGCAGCGCUGUGCGUUUUACCGGGACACUAUCUUGGAAGUGGCUAAAGCUAUUGGAGAAGAUGGUGUCGACGUCCAGGGAUAUUUUGCGUGGUCGCUCUUGGACAACUUUGAAUGGUCAGAUGGGUUCAGCGUUCGUUUUGGACUGUUCCAUGUGGACCUCUCUAAAGCAGAGCGAACUCGAGCCAUUUACCGUUCGGGACAGGAGUAUGCAGAAAUCAUUAUGAAACACAAAACUCACACCAAGGACUGAAGACCGUUUUCACUUUUCCAUGCAUUCCUAAUAAACUAACAGCUGUUGCAUACA